UUGUUAUAUCAUUUUGUUCGGAAAAUUUUACUAGAAACAACGUGGAAAUGAACUGUUUGCAGGGAUUAAAACUUUUGUGUUUCAUCGGGCUGGUUUUCCUUGUAAAUGGGGAGGAAAGAGAGAACCCAUUUACCACGGUCGUGCGCAAGACCCUAAUCAGCACUGCGAGGUCUUGCAUGACCAAAGUCGGCGCGACGGAGACCGACCUGGAAUACCUUCGGAAAGACCCGCCCUAUCCCGAGAAAGCUGCUUGCAUCAUCAAGUGUUUGUUGGAAAAGAUAGGUGUGGUGAAGAACAACAAGUACUCCAAGAUGGGUUUCAUGGCCGCAGUCACACCCCUCGUGUUCAGAAACAAAAAGAAGUUGGAACACAUGAAAACCGUGGCCGAUAACUGCGAGAAAGAGGUGAAUCACGAGGAAUCGACGCCGUGUGCUCUUGGCAACGAAAUAACUGCAUGCAUUUUCAAAUAUGCACCAGAGUUGCAUUUGAAAGCUUAACUUUCUAUGAGAUUAAAAU